AUGCUCACCUCGACCUGGGCCGUCUCGCUCUUCUCCUUCGCCCUCUGCCUCGCGCCCCUGCCGGCCCCGGUAUCGGCCGUCCCGCUCGACCUCGCCGAACCGUCAGCCGGCUUGUCGUGUGACGGAGACGCCGCGCAGUCGUCGAGCCUUCCGUCGGCGAGCAAGGACCUCUCCCCCGUCGCCAAGGCCGAUGCCGGGGCGAGCGAGACGUUGGCGGCGCCCGUCGAGCGGCCAUCCCGCCUGUCGGUGCCGCGCAAAGAUCCCCCUCCCCUCACGAGAGGCGACGGGACCCCGCAGGGACGGCCAGAGGAACCGCCCGCGGCGUCCCCGACCGCCUCGGUCGCCGCGACGCCGGCCAAACCGGCCCGCCCUUCGACGGGCAACCAGGCCGUCGACGACCACUGCAAUCGCUUCGACGACGACGCGGGUGCGUCCAAGUGCCGACGCGCCGUCUUUCGAUGCAGCGGCAUGGUCGCCAGGGACGCCAAGGUGGCCGACUUCUUGGCCUGCGUCGACAGGGUGCAGAUCUGCAUCACCGAGGAGGACCCUUUCAAGAGCCUGCAGAGCGAAAACGACGCCUGCAUCGCGCGCGCCACUCGGUGCCAGCAAGACCCGUCGAUGCCGCUCGGAGAUUUGAAGAAGCUGAGCGACUGCAAGGACAAGACGGUCUGA